AUGCCCAAACCCAAAUAUAUUACUUUUACGAGUGCGGACAAUGUCGAUAUUACUGUCGAGCUUGAUACCGCGAAACAAUCUCUUCUCAUUAAGGAUAUGCUAGAUGAUCUGGGCAAUCUGUGUGAGAUAGAAGAAGCCAUACCAAUCCCGAACGCCAGUGAAUCAGUGUUGAAAAAGGUCUUUGAAUGGUGUGAUUAUCACAAACACGACUCUACACCUGACGAUGUUAAUGAUGUUUACUGUGAGGAAAUCAAUGCAUGGGACCAGAACUUCCUGCAGGUUGACCAGGAAAUGCUUUUUGAGAUCAUACUUGCAGCAAACUACCUUGAUAUCAGGAAGCUGCUGGAUCUCUGUUGCAAGACCGUUGCCAAUAUAAUCAGGGGCAAAUCCGCCGACGAAAUCUGCACAAUCUUCCAUAUUCCAAACGAUUACACACUGGAAGAAAAAGAGCAAAUCCGUCGUGAGAACGAAUGGGAAGAGGAGUAA